AUGAAAGGUUCAAGUGGAUCUGCUUUGAAAGCUCUUCGAGCAAGUGUGGUUGUUCGAACAGCCACUCGACCUCUCUCAACUUCGAGUACCAUCAACCAAGCAGAAGGAUCCACUCGAGGGCAGGUGUACCCCGGCGAAUCAGCCGAGCAGGCAUGGAAGAGGAAUCUGAACGAAGCUAGAGAAUGGCGUCGGAGAAGGGAUGCUCAGCGUAAUUCACUACCUCUAUUCAUACCACAAUCUGCCAAUCCACCACCCCGUCCCCGCUCACCAACCCAAGCAACAUUAUCCACUCUCCUUGCAUCCGGCGCAGCACUUGGUCACUCUCACAGUCUCACUUCUACAGCCUACACACCCUACAUCUACGGUAAACGAGCUGGUUUAUCAAUCAUAGAUCUCGAUCAGACGUUGCCUAUCCUGAGACGUACAGCAGCAUUGGUUAGGGAUGUGGUGAAAGCAGAUGGCAUAGUAUUGAUUGUCGGAACGAGGGAUGGUCACAAGAAGAUGAUACAUCGUGCAAAGGAGAGGCUGGAAGAUAAUGGAUAUGCAGUAAAUGAUUGGAUGCCGGGUGUAUUGACAAAUUCAGAGACAUUCUUUGGUAUCGAACCCAUGCUCAACAAAUCGUAUAAACCCGAUCUCGUCAUUUUCCUAAACCCUUCAGAGAACACCGCCGCUAUACGAGAAUGUACUGCUCGUCAUAUCCCUACAGUCGGUAUCGUCGAUACAGAUACCGAUCCUAGGAUAGUAACGUAUCCCAUCCCUGCUAACAUGGAGUCCAUGCGAACGGCCGAACUUGUUGUGGGAACACUGAGUAUAGCGGGACAGGAAGGAAGGAGGUUACGUUUGAAGGAAGCAGAGAGGAGGGCGAGUGAGCAGAAGGGCAGAGCGAGAAGGGAUAGAAGGUAG